AUGAAAAACCUCUAUGGGAAGAAGGGGGAAAGUUCAGGUGGUUCGGGUGGAAAGCAGAAAAGUGGAAUGCAAAAGGGACUUAAAUGUAGACGGUGCGGACUUCGUGGACAUAUUGGUGAAAAUUGUCAAGUCCGGUGUCAUAUCUGCAAACGUAUUGGACACAUCUCCAAGAAUUGCAAGCAAAACAGCAUUGUUCACAACAUUGAACAAGGAGAGUCGAGUUCGGAGAGUUAUGAGUUCGGUAUGGAUGAGAAUUGUGAAAAUGCCUUGGACAAUGAGCUUUACCCCGAGUAUGAUCAUGACAAUGAGUGUAAUUCAGUUGAGAUUGAAAAAGUUGACGGCUGUGCUGUAGUUAAUGUAGAGUUGAACGGUGAAAAAGCUCAUGGAAUGCAGCUCUAUGUAGCAGAGGACUUCCCCAGUUUGUUUGGAAGACCGUGGAUUGUAAAGUUCUGUGGACAGAAUUGGCUAGAGAAGCUGCUCAGCACAAAGUUAGUACAUAAUGUAGCCCCAGACAAAUCCCAGCAGGUGUCAGUGAGCUGUGAAAGCUGCUCUGGGAGUGGUGUCGAUAAGGGUGACAUGCUAACCGAUGGUGCGACCGUGAAAAACAGGUGGAAAUGUGAAAACACCUGUACUCGGGUUGAUCAAUGUCGUAGUAUCGCUCAGUUAAAACAGAGCGAGGUGUUUAAAUCGGGUUUAGGACUAGUUAAGGGUGUACAGGCAAGUUUGGUCCUGAAGGACAACUCCAAACCUAUUAUGAUGAAAGCCCGUAGUCUACCCUAUGCCUUGAGAAACAAGGUUGAAAGUGAGUUAAAUGAUAUGGUUGAAGCGAAGAUUCUAACCAAAGUCGAAGACAGUCCAUGGGGGACACCCAUAGUGCCUGUGAAGAAGGAUGGAGGGCAGUCAGUGCGCAUUUGUGGGGAUUAUAAAUCGACCCUGAACAAAUGUAUCAGCACCCGACAAUACCCUCUACCUACCGUGGAGGAAUGUCUGAAUGCUGUGCAGGGGGGACAAACGUUCUCUAAGAUUGACAUCAAAAAGGCUUAUAAUAACCUGUUGAUAAGAAAUGAGGACCGUGUCUUGACCACCCUGAAUACGCACAAAGGGUUGUAUCAAUGGAAUCGCUUGCCGGAUGGCAUCAACAGUGCAUCGGCUAUAUUCCAGUCAUGUAUGGAUGACACUCUGUGGGGUGUGCCUAUGACGUGCUGCAGAAUUGACGAUAUAUUAGUUUCUGGUCGAAAUGAGAGUGACCAUCUGAUCAACCUCAAUAAUCUUCCUCUUAAACUGGACACUGAUGCUUCAAUCGGUGGCAUUGGCGCAGUGUUGUCUCACAUUAUGCUGAAUGGGGAUGAGCGCCCCAUUGAGUUCAUCUCCCGGACCCUGUCACCGGCCGAGAGGAAUUACGCUCAAGUGGACAAAGAGGCCCUGGCCAUAGUGUGGGCCAUAAAGCGCCUACAUAUUUACUUGUAUAUGAGACAGUUUACCUUGGUGACAGAUCAUCGUGCGCUGGAUCAUGCUAACGCUGAUAUGUUAUCCAGGCUGCCAAAAUCGGUAACACACCCUGUGAGGGAGAGAGACGAGUUUGGUGAUAUGUUUGCACUGACUAUGAGCGAGACUUUACUCAAUGCUGAGUUAGUGGCGAACGACACUCGUAAGGACCCGAUUCUGAGCAGAGUUUUGGAAUACACUCUGAAUGGUUGGCCGAAGAAUCUGAAAUGUGACGGUGAUCUCAAAGCUUUCUGGACUAGAAGAGACGAGUUGAGCCAUGAACUUGGAUGUUUAACUUGGGGAGCCCGUGUCGUGAUUCCCGCUAAACCGAGAAGCACUGUAAUGGAUAUUCUGCACGCCACUCACAUUGGAGUAACAGGUAUGAAAUCCUUGGCCAGAUCUUACGUUUACUGGCCACGUCUUGACACACAAAUCGAGGAUACUGCUCGGACGUGUGAGACAUGCGCCAAGUAUGGUAAGAACAUGACUAAAGUCGUUGACCACCCCUGGGCUAAAACCAGUGCACCUUUCCAAAGAGUACACGCUGACUUUGCGGGCCCAUUCCUGGGCAGCAUGUGGCUAUUAUUAGUAGACUCUUACAGCAAGUGGCCUGAAGUUGUUCAAAUGAACACAAAUACAACAUCUAGUGCUACAAUACGUGCUUUUAGAUCCAUAUUCUCUCGUACAGGUAUUCCAAUCUGUCUGGUAACGGAUAACGGACCACAGUUCGUGUCGGAUGAAACUGAGGGAUAUCUGAAAUCCUGUGGUAUAAAGCACGUGACUGUUCCGACGUAUUCUCCCAAAUCAAACGGAAUCUGCGAACGACUUGUUCAGUCGUUUAAAUCCGCCCUGAAAAAGAUGUCUGUAACCAGUAAGGACGUGUGCAAGAAUCUGAACGAUUUUCUGCUAACUUACCGCAACACACCCCAUUCGUCUACUGGUCAAACACCAGCUGUGUUAGCGUUCAACAGAACUCUGCGAUCUAAACUACACCAAAUCAAACCAACCGAUCGGAUGAGGGAGCAGGAAUUGCAAUCUGAGAAACUGCAAGUUGCAAUUAACGAACACCCCAGAACUCGAGAGUUCCGGGAAAAUCAGCUCAUUUUCGCCAAAAUGGACGACAAAAGCCACUGGGAACAAGCUAGAGUAAUCAAAAGACUCGGUGAUAAUUCGAACAAUUACGUGGUCCAACACGCUGACGCAAUAAAACCGCAAAAAACGCUGUUAACCAGAGAGAUAGCUCGCUCUGACAUUAAGUUCCAGAAGCUGCAUGAAACAAGGGAAAGACGGAGAAUGAAUGCACUAAACCUAGGAGUUCCGAACGGCAACAGACUUGAGGCUGUGGCGAAACCAGCGUCCCCAGUCAAGGAUACCUCACCGGCUAAAGUGACUGAGCGUCCUCAACCGAAAGUUGCUUCCCCCCUGAAAACCAACGACAAGCAAGUCCGGGUGUCUGAGUUGUCCAAACCUACAGCUACAGGUGGUGCACCCUUACCUGAACCGCGUUUGAGACCAACCAGAAGUGCUAAGAGUGAUGCUAUCACUAAAAUGAAAACCAUGAGUUAG